AUGCCGAGAAAGGCUCGGUCCGAGCCUUUCUCAGCAUUCGUUCGACAGCAAACACAACUGAACCAAAACUAUUCGUGUACCAGCUACGUUUUUGAUCAUCUGAAAAUCAUGUCUACCGACUUCAAUUACACCCGAGCUAUUGUAAGCGGAGUCCCAAGCUCUCUCCCAGCAAAUGCUCAGUCCAUGACUAAACCAAGCGAACCGGUAAACUUAGAAAAAGCUAGACAACAACAUAGCGCCUACAAAGCCACACUGAAACAACUCGGACUCCAAGUGAUCGAAAUCCCCCCGAAUGAAGACCUCCCGGAUUGUGUAUUUGUAGAAGAUGCUGCAGUUUGUGUUGACAACAACGCCUUGAUUUGCAACCUAGGGCACGAGUCUAGAAGGGGCGAGGCUGCCGCGAUGAAGGAGGUGUUGAAAAAGCUGGGUUUUGACCUCGUUGAAAUGAAAGAGCCCGCAAGGCUAGACGGGGGGGAUGUCCUAUUCACUGGAAAGGAAUUCUUUGUGGGUAUCUCAAAAAGAAGCAAUAAAGAAGGGGCUGAAACCCUGGCUAAAGCAUUUCCUUCACUUCCAGUAUCUACAAUCAAUGUUAAAGGGCAUUUGCAUUUAAAAUCGACGAUGACCAUGCUAGCGCCAGACACUAUCGUUACCAGUGACGACGAGACAGCAUUAGCCGCCUGGAAUGAGUUGGUGUCAAAAGCAAAAUACCAGUACAAGAGAGUUGUGGUACCAGAAAGCUUUGCAGCAAAUUGUCUGUUUAUUAAUGGCACUGUGGUGCAUCGACCAGAGAAAGAAAUACCUAAAAGUUAUCCAAUUUACAAGGGGUUGAAAGACCCUAAGGUUGAAAUGGAGAUCUCAGAGUUUCACAAAGUUGAUGGGUGCCUGACUUGUCGUUCUAUUUUACUCAAGUAGGGACUUGGACAGGGACAUUAGCUGUGUAUUUUGAUUUCUAUUUUUUUUUUUUUUUUUUUUUUAUAAAUACAAAAUGGUUAGAAAAUUUCAGAAAACAUGUAUUAAGGCUAGAAAAUUUCAGAAAAAAUGUAUAAAAAAAUUCAAAUUCAUCUCCCAGCUAUUGGUGCCCCCCCCCCCAUGUAUGCUGUAUCAACCCCUUCUUCUUUUUUCCUUAGGAUCUUGAAACUCUUCUCCUGAUGUCCUGACUACACCCCUGACAUUUUCUUCCUAAAGAUCUUAAAACUCUCCUUAUGGAAAUCAUUGGCUUCACCUCUGAUUCCAAAGUCUCAUUUAGAGCACUGAAUAGCCAGUCCUUUUGUAACUUAUCUCUGCAGUUCCAUCUCAAAUCCUGACAACUUCAGCCACUGAUUUACUGAUGAUAUGUGAGACUGAGGCAUCCGUGUGGCUGCUGUCAGGUUGGAUAAGAAUCCGUGCAUAUGUCCCUCCAACUUGUCCUUUUGCCAACCUUCCCGGGUUGACACACAGAGAUCCCAAAAUAUUCUAAGAUUGAAAUAAAUGAUUUGACAUUGAGAAGUCACCCAAAGCAAAAGAAACAACAAGAUGGUUGUCUUCCUUCAAUCAUACCUUUGUAAAAUAGCGUAAAUCAGAUGGUAGGACCAGCAAAUCAGGACUGCAAGGAAGUGUGCCAUGAUGAGAGAGACGCUCAUAGUCAACAUUCACUUCCUCAUUUGGUGGGUUCAGAGGGUAGAAACUAAAAGACAAAAAGUCACAGGAAUUUGAAAUAGUUCUAAAUUUAGGAUGGCCCCUGGGAAUAUCUGGAUGUAGCAUUUGGUUUUGAUAAGGAUUACUGUAGGUUUGGUGACUAGUCAUUCAGAGUCAUCCUAUUCUAGACAUUACCUGUGCUGAUGGAGAAUGUGCUUCACCAGCCGUCCAAGCCGAUCUGAUGAGCCAGGAGGACUGGAAUAAAGUAUUGGGAUUACCAAACUGUAAUAAAGUUGAAAUGUUUUGAGACAUAAAACCCAUUGAGCUUA